AUGUCUAUUAGUGGUGUUCCACAGGAAGCAGCGAAGGUGUUAUGGCAGGUACACUGUACUUCUUUAGCUCCAUUAUCAUAUGAAGAAGAGGCUGUGGGUGAAAUGUGGCGUUUGUUUGCAGGAUUUCUCGCUCCAUUACCGUUACAGUCUGUUUCAACACCGUCUAAUCAAGCUAUUUCAUCGGCAAUAACAACAUUUAUGUUUAGAGUAAACCUCCAUAGUGAGUUAUUAACUGCAACAAUGAGAGAUGCUAUUGUUCAUCAACCACAAAUAGUUCUUCCAAUGUUGGAAUUUUUUAGAGCUGUAUUAAGCUUUCAGCAGCAGGAUGGAGGACAACCUUUAGGAAGAGUUGGCUCUUGGCGCCUUGUAUGCUCUGUUUUUGGCGAUGAUACAUGUACGACACCUUUUGAUGCUUUGGGGGCAUCUUUACUUGGUCAACUUGUGACUAUACGAGGUACAGUUGUACGAAUGAGUCCAUCACGUGUGGUGUGUGUACGUAUGGUCUACCGCUGCAGUGCUUGUGGGGCUGUAGUAGAAAUUCCAACAGAGGAUGGCGUGUUGGUGUAUCCUGGUGCAUGUCGUGGUAGAUGUCGCGGUUACCGCUGGUCUCCACUGGUAGAACAGGGAGAAUGUGAAGAGGUUCAGAUACUUAGGGUACAGGAACAGAUAGAAGUUUAUGAUGGAUCUGCUAUCGGUGGGAGUAUUCACAAAAUGAUGGCGGUAGAGUUGAGAGGUGUAUGGAUUGAUGCAGUGACUGUUGGUGAAGCUGUUGCGGUAUGUGGUAUUUUGUGUGCUAGACGUGGUGAAGGAAGAGGUGAUGCUACUCAGCAAAUUGCAGUACGAGCGUACUCUGUAGAGAGUAACCGACAUGAUUCUGUACAAGGUGCUUUACUUUCAAUGGACUCAUUGGAGGAAAGUGGAAAAUUUUAUGAAAUGGCUCGUCAUCCGAAGUGGUUUACACGCCUUUGUGCUUCGCUGGCACCUUCUAUAUUUGGUUUACAACAUGUGAAAGAGGCCAUUCUGUUAGCAGUAGUAGGAGGAACAGCACUUAAGAUGCGUGGUCGAAGUAAUAUUCAUCUUCUUAUGGUAGGAGAUCCAGGAUUAGGGAAAUCACAACUUUUGCGUGCCGCAUGUAGUAUUGCUCCCCGUAGCGCAUUUGUCUGUGCUCAUACAUCUUCUUCUUGUGGUCUGACUCUCACACUUACAAGAGAUCCAACAUCAGGUGAAACAUCUUUUGAAGCUGGAGCUGUUGUACACGGUGAUGGUGGAAUAACCUGUAUUGAUGAAAUUGAUAAAGGAGUUACUGAACAUCGUGCACUUCUUGAAGUGAUGGAACAAGAAACUGUUUCCAUGGCGAAGGCAGGAAUGGUGUUUUCUGUUCCAGUUCGUACAGCCAUUUUAGCCGCAGGAAAUCCUGUAGGAGGUCGAUUUGAUGAUACAAAAGCAAUAUCAGCAAAUUUAAAUCUUUCCCCUGCACUUCUUAGUCGUUUUGAUAUCGUUGUAUGUCUGCGUAACCCACAUGCUGAAUCCACCCGUUCUCUCUCUGAUCAUGUGUUACAACUUCAUCAACGACAGAAUGCCUCGGAUACACAUAACACCUCAAGUGCGGGUGGUGGAGCACUUCCAGUAGAACUGGUACAACGUUUUGUUUCUUUUUGCCGUCACCAUUGUCACCCAUUACUACGUGGGGAGGCGAGUGAAGUACUGAAAGCACAUUAUUUAGAAAGGCGUGCAGAAUCACAAAGUGAUGGAUUGGCUGUAACUCCUAGAUUUUUACAAGCCCUUAUUCGUGUAGCAGAAGCACGGGCUAAAGUUGAAUUACGUCACGAAGUGACAGCUGAUGACGCACACUAUGCAGUGGAGUUGCUUAGACAGUGUGCCGGUAGUCUACGUACGAACAAUGUUCAAACAACCCCACUUAGACCUGCUGCGGCGAAGAAGGUAAGUCAGAGGGAUACUAUAAUAAACACACUUAAAGCGGAAGUAUGCCGUACUGGUGUAAAUGCCUUAUCACACCGUAUUAUCCUUGAGGCAUGUGAACAAGCUGGAUGUCGUAAUGCCAGCGCAAUGAUGAAUCAAUUGAAUGAAGUGGGAGUGAUUCUUCAAAUAGGGGACAAGUAUCAACUUCGUGGGGUGUAG